AUUCAUUCAUUCAUCCAUCCAUUUGCUGGUCACGCCGACGUUACGACAUACUUGUAAAUUAUGUCAGUGGACAAAAUGACACAUCAGAGGCAGAUGAAGACCAGGAGCAGCUAUGGGAGAGGGGUGUGCUUCAGGCCAUCAUGGGCUUUGGCAGCCCUGUCGGUAAUAGUCGUCAUCGUCAUUGUUGUCACUGCUGUCGUGUGGGCGAAAGAUUUAAUAAGACUGACGUUGCAUACGAACAUGGGACUUGAGAACAACACGCUCUCCUACAACUUGUGGGUAAAGCCGCCCAUCCUUCCUCUUGUGUCCGUCUAUGUGUUUAACUAUACCAACGCUGACGAAUUCGAGAAAGGAAUCGAUACGAGGCUUCAGGUUGAAGAAUUGGGCCCUUACGUUUACAGGCAACGGACGGAGAAGGUGAACGUGGUGUUUAACCACAAUGGAACAGUGUCCUACCAGGAAAAGGUUUCCCUCAGCUUCGUGCCAGAGCUCUCCGCACGCCACCAUCCUCGUCAGGAUUACAUUGCUGUGCCAAAUAUCCCACUCCUGAGUGCCCUGUCGGUGCUGAAGGACUCCUAUGUGCUGGCGCAACUCGCCUUCCUGGCCAUGACUGCUGGCAUGGACAUGCAGCAGUUUGUCAGGAUUUCAGUACACGACUUCUUCUGGGGUUACGACGACGCGCUGUUCAGCUUGGCCCGUACUUACACCUCCCUCACUCAGGAACUGCCUUACAAGAAAUUUGGGAUUCUCAUGAAGAGGAAUGGCAUAACGAGAAACCGAAUUACGAUGUAUACCGGCAAGCAGAACUUACAGCAACGGGGGGUGAUGUCACGACUCAACGGUGAAGAACGCUUGCAUCACUGGCUAGGGGACGAGUGCAACCGAAUUGACGGGACGGAUGGUUCCAUGUUCCCACCAAACCUUGUGAAACGCAAUUCAACCAUCUACAUCUUCAACGAGGACGCGUGUCGGCGAUUUCCUCUUGAGUACGUGGAGGACAUCACAGUGCACGACGGUAUCCCUGGCCUAAGGUUCCGAGCACCACGUGACCUGUUCGCAAAACCCGACGUCAACCCGCAAAAUGCUUGUUACUGUCGAUUUGAGAUGGGGUUUUGCCCACCAUCCGGGGUAUUCGAUGCUUCACCAUGUACUUAUGGUGCGCCCAUCAUGAUGUCUUUUCCUCACUUUUACCUGGGCGAUCCCAUUCUGCUAGAGACAGUAGAAGGGUUGAAACCCGACCCCGAAAAGCACGAUGGAUAUUUGGAUGUACACGAGGAGUUGGGAGUUCCUUUGGACGGAAAAUCCCGGUUUCAGAUGAACAUAUUGGUCAGGAAAUCCAAAACGUUGCAGCACCUUGCAAACUUCAAGGAUGGCUCCAUACUUCCAAUUGCUUGGUUCGAAGUGGGCAUUGACGGGCUGCCCGAGGAAAUCAUGGAUAUGUUGUACCACCUGACCUUCACAACACGUCAUAUUCAGUUCGCCGUACGGUAUAUGCUCCUCGUGUUGUCGGCAGUUCUGGUUUACGUGCUUGUGAGGAGGAUCCGUUGUCGUCCUCCAGCAGAUGACGUCUCGGACACCGGAGUCGUCACACCUAUAUGAAGACCAUCCUCUCUCCAUUGGGCUUAAGUGACUUCGUGUCCCUACACCGGAAAUUUUUCUGCAACAGACUUGUAGCUGAUAGUGUUUAUGCCUCAAGUCAUUGGUCUCUUGCAUCCAAAUUUAAUCCCUUUCGUUAAUUUUGGGCUCCUCUUGUAGCCGCAUCCAAUAUUAGGGUAGGCACCGUAUGUCCAAUACGCGACAUUCCUACCAUCGAUAUUACAGCUAAUUGUGGACAAUAUUUUCAAUCGUACAAAUGUAUGAUAUACGAGUAUAUUGUAUAUAUAAUUUAGCUGUGGAAUGGAAAUUGUCAUUCCACUAUCAAAUAUCCAUAACUUGAUCUCCUUUUCUAUUUACUUGUACAAACUUCCUUUCUUUUGUCUUUAGGUUAUGAAGAUUGUAAAUUUCUUCUUAUGCACCCUCUCUAUGCUCUCUUUUCCUGACAAGCCAAUUAUCAUGUUCCUUCACCUCUCCUUUAUAGAAGUCUAUCGUAUCAAUUAUCUUUCCCAGUCAACACCAUUCAUUCUAUUUUAUACGUAUUAACUCCGUUACCUUUAAUGCCUCCUCCUAACUUGUCUGUAUUUCUCCAUUACUUCAUUACUUCUGCAGUCUUGUCACUAACCACCCCAAUAUUUUCAGUUGUUUGAUAGACUUCAAUAUACUAAGAUGAUGUCAAUUUCUUCACAUUCAUUAUAUAUUUGUAUAUCCACGACUGUGAAUACAGUUACAAUUCCAAGUUCUUUACUAUAAAAUAACUUUUCUUUUUAAGUAUGCACUGCCAAUUUUAACCUAAAUAUCAAACUAUUCUCUCAAAUUAGUUCUCAAGGAGGUUCUAAAUUGUUAGAAGGGUUAUCGAUCAAUAAAAUCUACACGCUGGUAGGAGAUCCUUUAACCGUGAUGUGAAAUUAAUGCUUUUUUUUUUUUUUGAUAAUAUGUAGGUAGACGUUCAGUGAACUAAAGCAGACUGAAUGUCUUUAUUUGAACACGAAGCUGCAAAUUAUGGUCUGCAUUUUGUCUUUCACAUGCUUCAUGUUCUGUGAGACAAACAUGGGGCAUUGAUGGGGUAAGGACUGAUAGAUAAUAUUGAAAAACUCAGGGAGAACUCUUCCUUAAUGCCCCUUGUGUCGACCACAGAUCCAUUAUGGGCUCUACUCUGUUUGGACCUAGACCUUCUUUGUGAGAGUCUUGUGUGUAGCCAAGUAAGCUACCUCAUGAUCCAGUUGUCAAGAAGUCUGCAAGAAAGAGUGAAGUGGUGAGCUGUUGAUAUGGAGUUUGACAUUACAAAUGCCAUGGAUCUUGAUUUCUCGUUCAAUUAAGUGACUGGGCAGCCGGAGUUUGGUUAGGUACUGGAAAAUUUAUCUUUUUCGUUUUUUUUUGUAGAAAUAUCAUGGGACUGAUUCAGGAUUAACAAGAAUAUAUGAUAGAUAAAAAUUGAUACUGGAGCCCAAUAUUGCACAAAGACAUCCUUUGGAGGUAUAGCCACAGCAUAUCCUAACCCUCGGCACCUGAUGGGGUUGAGUGUUGUCACGCCCUGAAUGCUUUAUCUUUGGACAAAGUCCCUGGUACUCAUUGUGUGAGAGGCUGAGUGGAGCCGACAGCAGGCCUGGGAGUGAUGGCAUGGAGAAAAACCUCCACCACCAAUGAAUCCAUUUCUCCGGUCCGUAACCUGGUCAGCCUAUUGACUGAGCAGUCUAUAAUGGAUGAUGAGGUUACUCCUGUGGGAACAAGGCGGUCUGAGACUGAAAUUGAUCAGCAAGUUUCAUAGAGUGCAAAGUGAAUCUUUACUUCAUUAAGACGUGGGAAUAUAUAUGCUUCAUAAUUUUAAUUUGAAACGAAUUUAAUGGGAAAUUACGUAUGAUCGAUUUUCAAAUUGAUAUUAAAUUGUUUACUGGAUAUUGUGUCGAUUAUUCGAUAUCGAUUGAGAUCACUGGCUGUUAUGCAGUCUCUAUCUGAGAACUUUGUAAUGUAUUUAAAACAAAAAGCUGGCCAGGAUGUAAUACUGGAGACAUAGCUGUAUUAAGAUUUUUUCUUAUAUUCUGCAUGUGUUGAAUGUUAUGUUGCAUGUGUAUAUUCUUGUUUAUAAAAUAAAAAAUAUUCUCCUGACA